AUGCGGGAUGCAGUGCAGACAACAGCACCACCACGGCGAGUGGCGCGCUCUGCGCAGCACACUCGUCCCCCGCUCUUGGCGCUCAUUGCCGCACUGCUGCUGCUCGCCGCCGGCGCGGACGCCGUCAAGCUCAAGUUCAUCCACGAGGAGUGCCUGUCCUACACGUUCAACCAGUACGAGUACUUUUACGGGUCCUUCGUAGCGCUGCCAGAUCAGUUUGGGACGCCCGCAAAGUACGACCUCGUGGUCACCGCGCCCAGCGGCCAGAAGCUGUACGAGGUCAGCGGCGAGUCCGAGGCUACCUUCCACCUCGUCCCCGUCGAGGCCGGCGGCCACAGCUUCUGCCUGCGCUUCAACGCCGACAAGAGCCCGUCGCGCGCCGCCGUGACGCGCGACGUGCUGUGGAACAUCAACAUAGGGUAUAGCGAGGGCCAUGAUAAAGUGGAGGAGACAGACACGCAGUAUCUGUGGCACCACGUCUACCAGAUCGACAGCCAGAUCCAGGAGCUCAAAUCGACCCUCCACUACCUCUACUGGCGGGAGCGGCGGCACCGCCAGACGGUGGAGAGCACGCACCGGCGGACGCUGUUCUAUGCGGCCCUGCGCUGCUCCGUCAUCGUGGCGGCGUCAGUAGGGCAGGUGAGGGGACGGGGCGCACGCUGGCGCGGCUGA